AUGGAUCCAAUGGUGGUGUCGGACACAGUAGGGAUGGUGUACCAGUCGGUGGCAGGUGCCAAAGACACUGUGGUGGGGGCUGUGAUGGGUGGUGUCGGACUGACCUGGGCGGCAGUCAGCGGAGGUAUCAGCACCGUCAUGGGCACCAGGAUGGGCCAGAUGGUUAGCAGUGGGAUGGGCCUGGCACUCAGCCGAUCCGAGGACUGGGUUGACCACAACCUGCCACUCACCGAGAAGGAGCUGGCUGCUGUCGCUGAACCUGCUACCCUUGAGGUGACGACCCCAUCCGACAGCCCCAGCUACUUUGUCCGCUUGGGAAAACUUUCUGCCAAGGUCCAGGAGCGAGCCCUGCAGCAGUCCCUGGUCCGUGCGCGACAUGCCAGGGAUGCCACCUAUGCUACCAUGGUUCAGAUGACCAGUACUAUGGACCUGCUCGAGAGUGCCCGGACCAGCCUGGGUACAGCCAGUAACCAGAUAGGAGGAGCCUCCGAGCAGCUGCUGCAGCGCUGGACAGAGUGGAAGGAGAAACACGCUGGAGCUGGACAGAGCGAUUCAGAGCCAGAUGGGACCAAAGAUGAGUCUGAGCAGCUGGAAUGGCGGGCCCUCUCCAUGGUGCGUGGUCUAAGUGAGCAGCUGCAAUCAGCAUGCUCCAGCGUGGUUUCAAGUGCUCAGGGUUUGCCAGGUGCCGUCCAGGACCAGUUGACCAGUGCAAGACGAUCAGCGGCAGAACUGCAGUCCUCCCUGGGGGGCGCCAGCACUCUCACACCCGUCCUUCUGGAGCGGAGCCGUCACCACCUGACCCAAGUUCAACAGUCUCUGGAUGGCGUCAUGGAGUAUCUGCUAAACAACACACCACUCAACUGGCUGGUGGGGCCCUUUGCCCCACAGAUCACUGAAAAGGCUGAGGAAGAGGUGGCGAUGGAGCCUGCUGGCCCAAACAACUAGAUUUCCUGGUUGUCUUUUUCCUUCAUCUAAUAAUCAGUGUGGUGACAGGUUUACUGUGGAUGGACCAUUUAAAGAUACAUUUCAUAUAUUUGCUUAAACGAAACGAAAAGAUGCCUUAAAUUUGUAUAAUAUUGUAAUCAUGAUUCAUUUAUUUUAAACUAUGUUUGUGAUUUAGAUGUUAGUUGAAUUAAAUUCCAACUACAAGCACAGCGCCGAGGCCUUAAAGUAUGAAUGAGUAUUAGGGCUCUUGAUAUUUCAAGAAUAACGUGUAAUUGUAAUAUUACAAGAAUAAUGUUUUAAUUGAUGAUAUUAUGAGAAUAAAGUCAUAAUUCAGUGAUUUAAAAAAGUAAUACUACGGGAAUUAAGUUAUAAUUUAAUUAGAAAAAAACAUAAUAUUGCGAAAAUUGGGAAAAAUUAAAUGAACAAAAAAGCAGCAAGGAGAAUCUAUUUUUUAAAUUUAUACAAGUAUAAAUACAAGAUGAUCAUUUUAGCAAAAGCGACACGCUGAUCUUCUGAUUCCCCUUCCUAAAUGACACAUAGCUUUAUUUUUGUAAGGUUAUGGCUUUACUCUUGAAAUAUAUUUACUUUACUAUUUAUGUUGUAAACGAUGAACAUAUGUAUCUGUUUUAAUCUGUAACCAUAUUGCUUUUUGAAGGAUUAUUCUUAGUGCCUUGAAACAAUAAAAAUCAUAAAAAGCUAAGAUCACUUUAGAGUCUUCAAUGUUUCACUGGAAAAAGGAACAUUUGUUAUUUACUGUGCAUUUGUUUCUAGAUCUGCAGUUUUUAUUUUAC